GUUGGAUGAGCUUCGUGUGUGACUGUUGGCCGACCAAAAAAAAGAUGGCGGCGACCUGGCAGCCAUGUGAGGGAACAGGACAAGAUGCUUUUCUCGUUAAAUUCUCGAAUGGAUACGUGAACAAUGCUGAGGAACUCAACAUCAAACUCUUUAAACAUACAGAUGGCGUCAACCCUAGAAAGAGAAACAAACGGAUUGUGGUCGCAGAAUCAGACAGACUUGCAUAUGUUGGAAGCAACUUUGGUUCUGCGUCAUUACAAUGUAAUAACAUGUGCAGGUAUUUUGUGGGAGUCCUUGACAAGAGCACCAUGCAAAUGAAAGUUCACAAUGCCCAGCUGUUCACUAUGCAACCUGUUAUACAAGGUGAAGCAGAUGCCGCCAAUGAAAACACAACACAAGCGGAGACAUUCAGAGAAAAGGUGGAUGCUCUCAUUGAAGCGUUCGGGACAACUAAACAGAAGCGUGCGCUCACCUCCAGAAGACUCAAUGAGGUGGGCAAUGACACACUGCAGCAGGCUGUGGCUUUUGCCGCCAACACCAUCAUAAAUGAGAAAGGAGUGGAAGCUCUGCAGAAUGCUGUAGCUGAAAAAGAGGCUCAGACAGAUAUAGCAAACAUCCUCCCUUCGUGCAACCCUGAAGCAGACAAACCAGAAAAUGUUUACCCCUUUGACAAGCUGUUGUCUCCAUUUGAGCUUGAGGCCCUGAAGGAUGUUGGUGUGAAGAUGGCAGAGCUGACCCCUGAAGAUCUGAAGAAGAUGAAAGAUGAGGGCAGUCCGCAGACUGUUCUUAGUCAACUUGAGUUCCUGCCCAAAGACGAAAAAGCUCGUGAAAGAUUGUCCCGGUGCACCUGGUAUCUGUCUUUCCUCAUUAAAGUGUCACAUCAGAGAUACCUCAACCGUAAAUUUGGUGUUGAGGAAGGGUGUCCUCAAAUCAUCAUCAACAAAGUGCUGAAGAAUUUUACAGUGGAGAGUUUCUAUAAUGGCAGCUUGAAGAACACUGUGUCAACGUCCAUGCGUAUGAAACUGGCUUCUUACUGUUUGGCUUUACUGCUUCACAUGGGUGACCAGACAGCGGACCUUACACUCCUACACAGAGACCUGGGCAUCAGUGACGCCAGGAUGUUGGAGUUGGCCAAAGGCAUGGGGCUGACAAUGUCCCGUCAACCAUCUUGCAGUACAGGAGAGACGGGAACGCAGGAUGACCACAGGAUUGCCUCUCUGGUUGUUCCACUGGUCCGCUAUGUGCGAAACAUCGAAAGCAGGAAACGCAAAAAGAUGAGAUGAACCGUUUGGAGUUGUUGCGUAUUUCACUGCAUUUUAAUUCUGCAGUUUUUGUGAUGCUAACUUUGAAUGUUGUCAAGAAGUUUAAAUUAAAAUGUAUUUUGGACUGCC